CGUCCGUCCGUGAAACGUGCGUGUCAUUUUGACACACACAAAUCAUUUAGGCCUCGCCAAACUGAACGUGUUUUUGAUUGUUCGUCUGCUAUUUUAGCAUUUCCUUUGGUGGCUGUGUUGUUUUUUUAGUGUGUCAAAACAUUUGGUGUGUGUGAUCUGAAAUUGGAACGAAGGAAAUUGACAAACACAAAAAAAAGAAAAUCGUGACCGGGCCGGACGGGAUUCCUUUUUUUUUUUUUUUUUUUUUUUUUUUUGGAACGCGGGAUUUUUGCCGUCAUCAAAAGAUGCAGGUGGAGAGAAUGAUAGGCAAAGCGCAUUCCAGGCUAUUAUCACCGAGCUUGUCGCCAGCGACGUCUCCGACGCUGAGCGCCGUGUCUUCCCCGACUCCGCAAACUCCGACGCCGACGCCAGUCUCGCAGACGAUCGUACCCAACGCGUCGUACACGCCCAAAUUGGCCGGCAUUCCCAGCGUCGCGGCCGCCUCCCGUUACACGGCGCCAGUUCACAUCGACGUCGGCGGGACGAUCUACACGUCGUCGUUGGAGACGCUGACGACGCGCUUCGGCGAAUCGCGGCUGGCCAAAAUGUUUAACGGCGGCAUUCCCAUCGUGCUGGACAGCCUCAAGCAACACUAUUUCAUCGACAGAGACGGCCAAAUGUUCCGGCACGUCCUCAACUUUGUCCGCAACGGAAGACUCCUCCUUCCGGAUGAUUUUGCCGAUGUGGAACUCCUCCUCGAAGAAGCCAAAUAUUACGACAUCAUUCCCAUGGUGAAAGCACUGGAAGUGUUGCGGAUGGAACGACGGAUGCGGAACGGACAGUACGGUGAUAAACAUCAAAACAGCCAACACAACGGACAUCCAGCCAAUUCCAGUCCGAUUUCAGGGCACCGUUGCUCGCCUGUAUCCGGUGGGAUGGCUAGUGGCGCCAGGUUACGUUCUGCCGUUUCAUCCAGCAAUCGGAUGGAUCACCAAAAGAAUUCUCCCGGCGGAGGGAAUAACAGCAACGACACAAUUGGUGCAGGAGGCGCAGGUUUGACGUGCCGGAAGGAUUUGAUUGCUGAUGAUUCCGCAUCACCCGGAGAAGAUUGCAACAACCGGCUCGGCUGGGAAUGUCUGGCUCUAUACGUCAGCCCAGAUUUGGGUGAGAGGAUCAUGUUAUCCGGCGACCGGAAUUUAGUCGAGGAAUGUUUUCCAGAGAUAGCAACACCUCUGAUGGAUGCCCGAUCCAGCGUGGCUUGGAAUCAGGACCCUCGUCACGUAAUCCGCUUUCCAUUGAAUGGCUAUUGCAAGCUGAAUUCAAUGCAGGCAAUUACGCGGCUGUUGAACGCUAGUUUUAGCAUCGCCGCUUCCAACGGUGGCGGAGUUGAGGGCCAGCAGUUCUCCGAGUACCUUUUCAUCCGCAAAGCUAUUCCGCUUUGAUUGGACACACUCAACUUUAAGAAAUUAACAUCUCUACGGUUAGAUCUGAAUCAAUUUGAUCAUUUUUCGUUUGUAUUUUGAAUUUGAAACUAACUUUUCGGAGUUGUCCAGAAGAAAGUUUGAUAUUAUUCAGUUUUCAUCGUUUUUCAGGUAAUGCUGUUUCUUUUAUUAUUUGCUAAACUCUAGACAUAAAUGAAGCCGCAAUAGUUUGAAUAGCGUUGUGGCGUAAAUGUGUAAUGUAAAGAAAUCAUACGUUUCUAACGUUUUGGAACAAUUUCCACAUGUCCGAAUUUUGAAUUUCAUUGUUUCUUUUUGUGCUACAGUUCGUAUACUUUUGUUUAGUGUUGGGCUUGGCCAACGUGAAUUCUAGUGCCAAUGAAGACAAACAAAUGUUGAUUUCUCUAAUGUGCGUGUGUAUGUCUUAUCGUUUGUACCACGUUCGUGUUUUGUUUUUUCAUGUUGAGGUUUUCUUUCAGCUCCCACUUCUUUCGAGUAUCGUAUGUUUUUUAAAAUUAUUUUUCCAGAAAAAAACAAACAAUUGAAUUCGCUUUUCGUGAAUACGUCGUACCGUGACAUUGUCCUCCAUUUUGCUGUUUGGUUUCCCACGCGUUUUUGUCAGGAAUUCCACGCGUCAAAAGAUCAGAGGUGUUUGAUAUCAAAACAUCUGAUGUUUUGAUCGUAUUAUUAAAGUUAACAUUCUUAUUGGCUUUUUCUCCCGAAAUUCCGUCGACAGUCGUAUUUUGUAUCUCUCAGCUGUUCUUUCGUUCGUGUAAAAACGUGUAAUUCUUUUUUGCCACGGGGUUCAGCAAACACAAAUUCACUCAAAUA